AUGUUUUCUUACGAAUCAACAGAAAAUCUUUUAGACAAUUUAGAGAAUGAAAUUGAACUUUCCGAAGUGGUGACUUUUGAUAAUUCAGGACAUGUCGAAGCAAAUGAUGAAAAGAUUUCUGUUGAAAUAACUAAGCCGAUUCCAAGUAAAAGAAAUGUCGUAGGAUUGAAAGAAAAUCCACAGAAUCCCGUACCUGUAGUAAGGAAAUUGCAAUCGCUAGAUAAAAAUGAGAAGAACGAUGAAAAUGAAAUAAUUCAGCUUUCUUCUGUAUCAUCGUCAGCCUCUGAAAGUCAUAGACAUAUUUCUCAACACACGGUCAUUCCCAAAGUGAAAGAAAGUUCCAACUUGGAAAAUCAAACAAUAGAAAGUGAAGAUAUUCAAACAGAAGAAACUUUCUUUGUUGUGAAACAUGGAAAGUGGGCGCAAGAUGAAGUGGAACAGCCGCUUGAACAAAGGGAAACUUCUGUUAUUGUUCAUGAAGAGACUGGUGAUGCUGAUGUAGUUUCAUUACCGUUCCAACAUAACGAAGAACAAUUUCCACAUUUUGUCGUUAUUUCUGAGAAAAAGACGAAAAGCCCUGUUAAAAGUUUAAGUUCAAGCAGUGUCUCAAGUGCCACACGAACGUCGGUAGAAUCAAGCAGUGAAUCAAUUUCUUCAGAAAAAAAUAUCCAACCUGAGAAGACAAAGAAACAUUCUAAGAAUAAGGAUAAAAAGAAAAUCAAAGGAAAAUAUUCAGCAAAUGAUCAGAUAACAACAUCGGAAAAUUCUGAAAAUACGAAAAUGGAAAAAGAGCCAAGUCAGACUAUUGGUAUGAAAAUUUCUAUAUCACCAAAGAAUGUUUCUGAUAAAAAUUUUCCAGGAAUUUUUCUUCAUUCAACUGGAGUUCUCGAUUAUAAUCUCAACUAUAAGGAGCUUAGAGUGAAAGUUUCUUUGUUCAAUGAAGACAGUGGAAAACAAAUUGGUGACCCGAAAUGGAGCAGGGUUGGAAUAUUCCACAACAACUUUCACAACUUAAUUUGUGUAUGGAAUGAAAUGAUUUUCAUCGAUCAAAAUUUUCAUCAACUACAAGAAACCUUCAAUGAUGUUUUACUUUUCUUUGAAAUAACAAAUUUGUAUGGAAUUGUAACAUUUUGGGCUUUCAUGAAACUCUUCUCAACAUCAAAGAAAACAGAAAACUUGAACAGAAAAUGGGAAAAACUUCCUGGACAAGCUUGUAAAAUUCCUAAUAAAAAAUUUCAUAAAGUUACAUUUAAUGAAAAAGGAUCAAUGAAUGUUAAAUUUAGUUACGAUGGGAAUCUCAUCGCAUUUACUGAAGUCGCAAAGAAUUCCGUCAUUCUCCACAUUCAGAAGUUUCCAGAAAUGCAGGAAGUGUUCAAGAUGCUUGAACAUUCGGAUUUAAUUCAUGACAUUGAUUGGUUAAAACAGAAACAUUCACUUAAGGGAGUCCAAUGGAUGCUGACAUGCUCAUCUGACUUUACUGGAAUCGUCUGGAAAUUAGAACAAAAUUCUUACACGUAUCAUGUUCUUCCACAUCCUGCAUUUAUCUACGCAAGUAAAUUUCUCCAACAUGAAGACACAUCAAAGCUUCAAGUUGUUACAGCUGGUCGUGAUUGCAUUGUGAGAAUUUGGCAAAUACGAAAAAAUCUCGAAGGCUUUGAAUUGGUACAAGAAUUGAAACAUCCAAACAUGAGUAAAUCUUCUUACAUUACAACAAUUGCUACUCGAAAUUCAGACGCUUUUUACACUUCAACAUCUAAAGGAGAUAUAGUAGAGUGGACAUUAAGAGUACAUAAAGAAUAUCACAUGAAUCGACACUUCAAAAUCGAUGAAAUUGAAGGAAACAUUAUAACAUGCUUAGAGUUGCAUCCACGUGGAAACAAAAUAUUUUUUCGAAUUCAAGAUUUUUCUAAUAAUGAUAGGAGUAGUGUCAUUUAUGUACUUGGCAUUACAACAGGUUUAAUCACACAAUUUCAUCAACAACCGACAGUUAAACAUGAACCACAUGGAAGAUUAAAAGUAACGACUUGUGGGUCUCAUUUAUUCACCACCAAUGGCUCACUUAUUCGCUUUUAUUCCAUGUUUAAUGGAAAUUUAACAUCAUUGGACAGAAAUUUCCUUAAUAUUCGUGUGUCGUCAGCUGAUAAAAUAAGUUCAAUAGAUUAUCAUCCGAAAGAUUUUUAUUUUGCAUGUUCAAUCUACGGACAUCGUGGUGGUGUCAUCAUCUGCAACUUUGAGUGUGAGAGUGAUGAAAAAAAUCUUUUCGAAAAACUUAAAGUUCAUUCACAAGUCACCACACAAAACUUCGAAUUAAUGAAAACAACACCAACAAAAUUCGCUGACAUUAUAAGAAAACUCGAUGAAGUUUUCCUUGCCCCUAUUGGUGACAAUGAAAUUACUAAUAAACGUCAAGAAACUCUUUCUCAACAUGAUGAAAAUUCAUCAAUUGUCAAUUCGAAACGAUCGCAAACUUAUACAGUGUCACAAGGACCUGCAACUUACACUGUUGAAAAGAAUCAAAACAAUACUUACGAGAUUCAAAGAAAUGAUGACACGGAUGAAGAUGACACGACAAUAUCAGAAUCGUUCGAUUAA